AUGGAGGACGAUAAGCCAAGGACGCCGCAGUUUGUUGGCGUCGUAGGGGUUGCUUUCUUGCUUAUCGCGGUCAUACUGGCCGUCGCCGUUGGUACAAGGCGUUUCUUUGCAAGGAGGACACCUGAGAGUCGCGAAAACCAGGAUAUCGAGAACUGGCGGCAUGAUGAAGCUGCGGCACCGCUUCUUCAAGAGCAGGCCGCGACUGCAUUCCCGCCAGCUGACCCUAACGAUCUGCGGAGUGUCGAAUAUGGCACCGUCGAGGGCCAACAACUACGGUCUCCCCAGCUGGGAGAGAGCGCUAGUGAGGAUCCAUUGAUACAUGAUCACGAAGAUGAUGUCCUCCAAGAGCCCGACGACCCAUCGGUAUACAGGGCAAAGGUUUCGCCCGACAUCAAGUCAGACGCAUCUGGUACAGCGGAUGAAGAGGCUGAACGGCGGCAGAAGCGUCGCACAAGUGGGUCGAGCAGCAGCAGCAGCAGUAACAACAGCGGAAAAGUUGCCUCUCACUCCGUUCAAGUGCUGGCACUCGCUGAAACCUCAGGGCGGACGCAAGGUUGGGACAAUAGCCAUGUCAACAACCCCGACGCCAACGCUGGCGCAGAUAAUGGCCAUGAGUCUGCCGGCCACGGAGGUGGCAGUCAUGGUGAUAAAGAGAGGAGUGGAAAUGCUUUUAGCAGUCCCGCCGCUGAAUCUUCCAGCAGCUCCUCAGACAGUAGUUGA